GCACGACUGAAGAUGCCUUCUGCAGGAUAUUUUCAUCAUUCGUUCAACCUCUCAGGUAACUUAUCCAGCUUAGCAUUAGCUUGCAAGAACUAUGAAACUCUAGGUGAAGACUGCUUGUGUAGUAUUAGCUAGUUGCUGCGAAUUUGAUUUGGCAUGCUCGUCAGAACUUGUACUGGAUCGGUUUAGGACGGGUGGGGAUGGGGCAUAUAUGUCUUUCUUUCACCCGGCGCCUGACCUGCCCGGUUCUUGAUCUGUUUUGUUUUAAGUCAUCUCUAUGUAUAAUGGUAUUUCUUAUACUGUGACUGCACUUAAAUCCUGUUUGAGCUCUUUUAACUGACGCUGAGUCCGAAUUGCCUCGAUCUGUAGACUACUUUUCACUAUUUUUCCGAAUCCCUCCCUGUUUUCUGAUUAAAAAGAGUGUUUCGUUUUGCCUCGAUCUGUAGACUACUUUGACUAUGUUUGUGUAAUCGAAUCAACUGGUAGUCCUGGAAGGUAACAUCCUGCAAACGGGAUGGAAAGUUGAUACAUUUAUCAACUUCGUAUUAUCCUUUCCUUUGAUUUCUCCAUGGUUGUCAAACAUGGUUGAUGAGGGCUGGAAAACCUAGGAGAGGGCUGGAAAAUGACUGGAAUUCUAUACCUGUAUGUAUGGCAUAUUGUACUAUAGUAUUAUUAUUACAUCCACCUCGUAGAUUGCAUGCUCAAGACAAAACUUAGUGCCCGUCGCCACCAGAUGAUCAUCACAUCCAGAGGCCUUUGAUAAUAACAUUUAGCUGAUAAUAAAAUGUGGAGAAAUUAGAUCAAACACAAGGAGGGGAGAGUUUGAAUUAAUUAAGUUGCUUUUUAGUAUUAUGUUAAUCAUUUCCUCCUUUUGCCGGAGACAUGAGAAGUGUAACAGAUAAUGUCUUUGUGAAAGGUAUAGUCGGAUGCUGAUGAAAACUACACAGCUGGAUCAGAAAUUGACAGCUUUGAGAUAAUGAGGAGUUAUUAGAAAAUUCCCCCCUUUUUAUUCAUAUUAUUCCCUGAGGCUUUGAUGGUGACAACAGGAUUACUUAGAUUGAUCUAUGCAAAAAUAGCACCCUAUGCCUGCUUGUACCAAGACAAUCAUUGUUGUCCCCCCUUCUCAAGUAGUUUUCACACUGUAUUCUCAUAUUUAGUCCCUCAGCUAUGGUUGUCUUAACGAAUCGGUCCACUUGUACUAUGUUGUCCAGUUCAUUCGUUAAACAUUCCGCCAUAAUAAGUUAUCAACGGAGUUGAACGAUAGCUAGUAAGCACUUUCUCCUUAUAUCACAUGUGAUGUAUGGUAUAGGAGUUCGUAGUUGGUCCCCCAUCAAACUCGAAAUGACGAAUUUGGGAGUCUCGUCGAGAGGGAGAGGGCUUCCUCUUGGGAAUUCGAUUAGGAGCAAAAAGAUCUAAUGAAUUAUCAUCAUAUGGAGCAUAUAAGCUUCUAGUAACAGAUUUGGAUUGAAUUUUAAUGUGACGGAUAAAAGACGAUAAACAAGUAUAAUACAGUGAUGUCUUUGUUUGGAAAUCAUAAUAUGUGAAUGUGUUUGCUAAAAUGACCCAUUAAUCCAAUUUUUAAAUAUUCCUGAACAUUGCAGUUCUCGCCGGCAACAAGAACCAAAAAGAUCUCCAGGAGGUGGGAGGGUGUUUAAAGUCUAUAUAUUCUGAAAAGCAGCAGAGCUUGACCUCCAGGGGGUUCAGGAAAAAAGAAAACCAGUACCAUUAUUACUGUGUUUGAUAUUCUUUUCCAGGAAGAGAUAAAAACCAGGAAAUGGUUGCUGCAGAUCCUUACAUAUCAUCCAACUUCCCUAAUGAAGGAGGAGGAGGAGGAGGAGGUGGUGGUGGUGGUGUCAAUUCAAGCGAUCUCGACCUCAAUCUCUGUCAAUUCCCAUACUAUCCAGCAUUCCAGGAGAAACGCGGGCCAGAUUACACCUUAGACGAGCCAAGAACUCAGAAGAGGCUGAAGCAGCAAGCUGAUGAUGGUGGAUCCCCAACCGAGACCAACUCUGGCGGGUUCUAUGAGGCUAACAGCAGCAGCAACAGCAACAGUAGCUUCAACAGCUUGCCAAAGCUCCAGUUCCGAGACUAUGUGUGGGCGUAUGCGGAGAGGUUCCUGGCGAUCGAGGCCAUGGAGGAAGCUGAUGCAGUGACACUAGCAGUGGAAGAAGAAGAGAGAGUUGAGGUUAAAGAAGAGACAGGCGUUGACGGGAUGAAGCUCGUCCAGCAGCUGAUCGCCUGUGCGGAAGCCGUCGCAUGUCGUGACAAGGCUCACGCGUCCGCGCUGCUCUCCGAGCUGCGAGCCAACGCACUUGUAUUCGGGACCUCGUUUCAGCGCGUUGCGUCCUGUUUCGUCCAGGGGCUGUCCGACCGCCUAACGCUGGUCCAGCCCCUGGGGACCCAUGGGGUCCUAAGUUCUGCACCUGCCAGGGACUUCACUUCGUCCUUUUCGACCGAAAAGGACGAGGCUUUGACCCUGGCCUACGAGCUUUGCCCGCAGAUCCAAUUUGGACAUUUCGUGGCAAAUGCAUCGAUCCUCGAAGCCCUUGAGGGAGAGAGUUCAAUUCACGUUGUGGACCUUGGGAUGACACUAGGCCUCCCUUGCGGCCAGCAAUGGCAGAAUCUGAUGCACAGCAUUGCUGGACGCAUCAGAAAGUCCUCCGCCGCCCCACGUCUGCGAAUCACGGGCGUGGGGCCUGAAUCCGAUCGUUUGCAGGCGAUCGGACUCGAGCUCAGUUGCUAUGCUGCCAACCUGGGGCUGAAUUUCGAGUUCAUGUACAUCAGGAGCAGUUUAGAGAGUCUGAAGCCGGAAGAUUUCGACGUCCAGGAAGGGGAAGCCGUGGUGAUCAACAGCGUCCUUCAGAUGCACUGCGUUGUGAAGGAGAGCCGUGGGGCUCUGAACUCGGUCCUUCAGGUCCUGAACGAGCUGUCGCCCAAGGCGUUCAUCCUGGUCGAGCAGGACUCGAACCACAACGGUCCCUUCUUCCUGGGGAGGUUCAUGGAAUCACUGCAUUACUACUCGGCCAUCUUCGAUUCGCUGGACUCGAUGCUGCCCAAGUACGACACCAGGAGGGCGAAGAUCGAGCAGUUUUACUUCGCGGACGAGAUCAAGAACAUUGUGAGCUGCGAGGGGCCGGCUAGAGUCGAGAGGCACGAGAGGUCGGAUCAGUGGCGCAGAAGGAUGAGCCGGGCCGGGUUCCAGGCUUCGCCGUUGAAGAUGUUGGCUCAGGCUAAGCAGUGGCUUGGCAAGGCCAAGUUCUGUGACGGGUAUACUGCGACCGAGGAGAAAGGUUGCUUGGUUCUUGGUUGGCAAUCUAGGCCCAUCAUUGCAGCUUCUUGCUGGAGGUGUUCCAAGAUUUAAAAAGAAAAGUUCAGGUUUUGUUAAUUGAUUUCUAAUAAAAAUCACCACCAAAGAUUCUGAUCAGAAUCCCCCCACUCUGCAAUUUGUUUACUUUUGUGAAAUAAGGGUUUUUGCUGUUUGUGAUUCCUGAUAAACCAGGGAAUCUUAAAGCUUGGGACUUUUUCCCUGGGAAUAAUUGUUUUGAUUUUCUGCGUUCUUGUUUCUUUUGUAUUACCUCUGUUCCUAUUUAGCAUGGAAAGAAGAAAUCUUUUCUUCCCCUGGUGGAAAAAGAAGUAUUUUUUAUUGGCCUUGGGGAUUAGCAGGAACUGUGAAUUUCUAAUUUCAUUAAUGAAAUGAAGCUUUGACUUUAAA